AUGGCGGUUAUUAGAGCGGCGCGAGUAGGCUCGUUGCUGUUCUCGUCGUGUCGGGCGACCUCCUCCUACUACGCGCAUCGCCCUAAUUCGGUUCGGAUCCGAACCUACUGCCGUGCAGGCUCGGAAGCUACAGGCCACCAACCCCCCAACCCCACACCCAAGCCUCUUCCGAACCCGGUGACCAGUCAAACGAAGGAUCUCGCCUCGGCACGCGGUGUUGCGAAUAAUUCGGCUCGGGAUGCCUCACCGCACCUGCCUGCCGAACCUGGGGAUACGUCUGGCAGAUGUGGUUCGGAAGGUCCAGCCAUCCAGGUGGUGUUUGAAGAUGAAGCCAUGAUCGCUGUCAACAAACCGCCUGGAAUCAUGGUGCACUCGUCUCGCGAAGCCACGCGGGAGGAGCGAGCGCAGGGAGCCUUUGUGAAGGAUAUGGUGGAACGGCAGCUGGGGCUGGACCGCCCUCUCUUCCCAGCGCAUCGCAUCGACCGACCGGCCAGUGGGGUGCUCGUGUUUGGGCGGACAGCAGAGGCGUGCAGGCGGGUGCGAGCGGCCAUGGCACACGCUGCUGCUGUGAAGGAGUACCUGGUCCUCGUGCGAGGCUCGCCUCCGAGUGCCUUCAUAUGUGACAAGCCGUUGAAGGAUGACAAGGGCGUCGUCAAGCCAGCUUACUCUGACUUCAAAAGGCUCCUGGAAAUUCCGCAGCACCGCUGCUCGCUGCUGUCUGUGCGAAUAUCAACAGGGCGCAGACACCAGAUUCGACGGCACCUCAACCACCUCGCCUUCCAUGUGAUAGGAGAUACAGUGCACGGCAAGGGGCGCACCAACGCCCAUUUCCGCCUCAACCACCACCUGUCCCGCUCCUGCCUCUUCCCUGCACUCCCCCGCAUUGUUCUGCCCCUUCCUGUGUGCUAUGAUGCCCCCAUCAGGUUAUAG